AUGGUUUUCAAAAUCUUAUUGGUAGCGGUCUGCUUUACAUUCGCUGUAUCAGCUGCUGUUGAUAUAGUUCAGCCUCGUAUAGCUGGUGGUACACCCGUUCCCGUGGAACAAUACCCGUAUAUAUCCGCCUUCGUGUACUACUACCCUAGACCUGACCUUUGGGUGCAAAGAUGUGCUGGAACUAUAGUAUCUUCUUGGCAUGUUAUUACAUCAGCUUUUUGUUUUACGGGUGCCACUUUACCCAAUUUCCGUAUUAGGGGCGGUUCGACUUAUAGUAUGAACGGCGGACAAGUGGUUUCCAUAAGAGAAGUCGUUAAACAUCCUCAAUUUGUUGAAACUCCUCGUGAGAACGACAUCGCGGUCGUGAUUCUUCAGGAAAUUUUCAGAUUAAGUGGCAGUCUCAACAUUAUGUACCUGCCUCCUAAAAAUAUUAUCAUCCCAAAUGGAAUACCAGCUACUGUUGUUAGUUGGGGAUUUGAAUCAGAACAAGGCCCCAUCCAUAACUCACUCAUGGCAAUCACCUUGACCACAGUUCCUUUGGAACAAUGUCAGCAGAUCUACGCCGACGAUGCUGAUAUUAAAAUUAAUGAAAGUAAGUAA